GCCGACUGAAUACCACUAUGCGAUCAUGUAACCGCGACGUGCAAAUCAGACUUUGGGGGAAAGGAGCACGAUAUUGGGUGAACUCCAAGUUUGACCUAAAAAAUUGCAGACUGUUAUAAAGUUCCAAUAUGGCGGGCUUAUACUCGAAGUUGGGUAGAGUAUCUGCGGUGUGUGCAUCGUUGAGUGGUCUUUCGCUCAUCGGUGCUUACUGCGUUUGUCUUCCGAUAUGGAUGCGUCUUAUAGCAGGUAUUUUGGGUGGAAUCCUUCUCGUCCUGUCACUGGUAUAUGGUUGGAUCUUGAUCCAACGUCCCUACCCGAACCAAAGUCUCCUCGAGGUAUCCAUUCUUCUAUUCAUCUACGUCUUCAUGGGUCUGAAAGGAAAGUCGGAACAUGCGGAAAUCAUGAAGACAUGCAAGAACCCGAUGCGACAUCAGCGGAACCUCUGGCAAGAGAUACUGAACCUCAACAAGCGUACCGCGUAUGCCGAUGACCACGGUCUUCGGGGGAUGCAGACGCUUGGGGACCUACGGAAGCGGCAUCCCUUGACGAGCUACGAACGGUACCGACCGUACGUCGAUCGCAUGACGGAAGGCGAGGAAAACAUCCUGGUGGAUGGACUGCCAGACUCCUACAUCCGAACAACGGGCACGACGGGGAAGCCUAAGUACAUCCCGCAAAAGCAGAAGAGCAAGAUGUUAAUGAGAAUGGGCGCGAUGAUGGCUUAUAUCUCUGAUCAUCAUUAUUCUGUCAACCCCCUGGCAAAGAGUCUCUACUUGUACGUCGCACCGAAAGUCCUCAAGACAAAAUGUGGGACCGUUGUAGAGACGGCGGCCACUAUGUCGGAAGAUCAGGACUGGGUUUUCGCCAUGUAUCCUUCGCCAGCGAGCGCGUAUAAGCUCGGGACGAUGCACGAAGCGUUUUAUCUCCAGCUUCUCUUUGCUCUCAAAGACCGCAACCUUGGUCGUGUGAUCGUCGGGUUUAUCCACUUCCUGGAGAGCGCUAUGAAGCUUCUGGAGAAAGAAUGGGAGAACCUCACCAGGGACAUUGAGCAGGGCGCCCUCAACGAUGACCUCAACAUCCCACAAGCCAUCAGGGAAGGUGCUGUCAAGGAACUAAAGACGUACGGUCCUGAUCCUGAUAGAGCUGCCGAGCUGCGUGCAGAGUUUCAGAAAGGCUUCGUAGGUAUAAUCAGAAGGAUCUGGCCAAACGUACAGUGUGUUAUGGGUAUAGAUUCGAAUGGAAGCUGGCCGAGACUCUCUAAAACCUACAGCAAAGGUUUAACCUUGCUGACUCCGUUCUACGGCUGCUCUGAAUCGUGCCUUGCUAUUAACCCGGGCCCGGAUUUCAUCAAAACGAAAGGAUACAUACCAUUGGUCAAGUGGGCUGUCAUGGAAUUCAUCAAGGAGCAAGAAAUGUCUUCGUCAAACCCACAAACUUUCUUUCUACACGAACUGGAACUUGGAGAGAAAUACGAGAUAGUCAUCACCCAGCCGUUUGGUCUUUAUCGAUAUCGGAUGGGAGAUGUAAUCGAGGUCAUAGACUUCCAUCAAGACAUGCCCAUCAUUAAUUUCUUGUACAGGACAGGACAGAUGCUUAAUGUCCGGUAUGAGAAGUUAGACCAGCGGAUUGUCUCUGACAGCGUACUGGCAGCUACGGCGAAGUGGGCAGACAGAACACUGGUGGAGUUUUCGGUAGCUGAGAGCACCAUGAUCGAUGAGAACUGCUCAAUCUACGAGCCGAAGGAAAUGAUGCCCUACUACAUCUUCUUUCUUGAGAUGAAAGAUUCUUCUUCUGAACCGCUCUCCGAGGAGCAGAAGUCAAUGAUCGACAAGGAGCUGCAGGAUCGAAACAGCGAUGUGAAGCGCCUUCGAGGGGAGGGGGCCAUAUCACACCCCCGUGUUCACCUAGUCCGUCCAGGGGCGUUUGCAGAGCUGCAACACUACAUCAUUACCAACACAGGGGCAACUGCUAACCAGUACAAACCACCUCGAAAACUCCGAACCCCCGCAAUACUCGAGGUGAUGGUUAAGAACAUUGUCCAAUAAAAGUCAAAUAGUUCACUUUUGCAUAUCCUUUAUUGAUAUAGGCCUAUAUACGUAACCAUUCACUUUGAAAAAAAAAUCAUUGAAAUAUAGGCCUCCAGGCGGAUAUCCAUUAGUCCGUCCUUUUGUUGAAAAAAAUGUAAUGAUGAUAAUAAGGACCUUUUUUUGUUUUUAUUGGUUUUCAUAAAAUAACAGUUACAAACAAUAUAGGCUGACAAUAAGUUCAAGGCUAUUUAAACACAUUAACAAGCUAAAUUAUCUCAAAUUAACUUAAUAAUCAGCCACAAUGAUAAUAAGGACUUGAUGAUACUGAUGGAUGACGAUGGUGGUGAUGGUGGUAGUGGUGGUGGUGGUGAUGAUGAUUAUGGUGGUAGUUG